AUGAAGGAAGAGAUCAGCUCUCUGAAGGAAAAUGAUACUUACGAAUUAUCAACUUUACCAGAAGGUAAAGCUUCAGUAGGGGGAAAAUGGGUGUACACAACCAAACAAGAUCAGAAUGGCAUAGAGUCCUUUAAGGCCAGAUAUGUAGCGAAGGGUUACAGCCAGGUAAAGGGUAUAGAUUAUCAAGAAACGUUCGCCCCGACAGCCAGUAUUACUUCAAUUAGGGUCUUAAUGCAGUUAGCAAUAAAACAUGAUCUUAUUGUUCACCAGAUGGACGUUAAAACUGCAUAUCUGCAUGCCCCCAUUACUCAAGAGUUAUACAUAGACCAGCCAGAAGGGUUUAAAGAGGUUUCAGAGAGUGGUGAGAGGUUAGUAUAUAGGCUAAAGAAAUCGCUAUAUGGUCUAAAACAAUCAGGUAGAAAUUGGAACAUAUUGUUACACGAGCAUUUAGCAAAUGACUGUGUAUAUAAGAAACAAGUUGAUGAUAAAAUUGUUAUCGUCAUUGUUUGGGUUGAUGACCUAAUUAUAGCUUCAGAUAGUAUGCAGUUAAUGGAAGAAUUUAAAGAAAGUAUGAAGACACAAUUUAAGAUGAAAGAUCUAGGUAGAAUCACUUUCUUCCUUGGAAUGGAUUUUAAGCAAAGCAAGGGUGAAAUAAAAAUUAAUCAGAAAAGAUUCAUUCUUAAAAUACUAGAGAUAUUUGGAAUGAUAGACUGCAAGCCCAGGUUAACCCCAUGUGAGCAACGAUUAGAAUUUAACUGUGGUGAAUUGACCAACGCCAGACAGUAUAGAGAAAUGAUAGGAAGCCUAAUUUAUGCCAUGACCUGUACAAGGCCUGAUUUAAGUUGGAUUGUAAGCAGACGAUCUCAAACUCUGUCAAACCCCAGAACGGGAGAUUUAAUUGCUGCCAAACAUGUCCUAAGGUAUCUAAAGGGUACCGUGGAUUAUGAACUCUGCUUUAAGAAAUCUGAUGCUGACUUGCAGCUCACUGCUUAUAGUGAUUCAGAUUGGGCCUCUUGCCUGGAAGACAGGCGAAGUACUACAGGUUACUGUUGUACUCUAACUGAAGGAGGACCACUGAUUUCAUGGAAGUCGAGAAAGCAACCAACGGUUGCCAUUUCCACUUGCGAAGCUGAAUAUGUAGCUUUAGCAAAUACAGCUCAAGAGUGUUUGUAUCUAACUCAAUUGUUAAACGGUAUGUAUAAGAAAGUACAUCAGAGUAUGAAGGUAAGUGUUGAUAACCAAGGGGCAAUUGCACUAAGUAAGAACCCAGUUAACAGACAACGUUCUAAGCAUAUUGACAUAAAGUACCACUUUGUACGUGAAAUGUAUGUUAAAGGCAUGAUCGAUAUUGUAUAUUGUCCUACCCAAGAUAUGGUAGCUGAUAUCCUAACAAAGCCACCCACAAAAUGUAAACUAGAUAAUUUUAAAAGUAUCGUGUUCGGUUGUUGUAAUUAG